UGUUCACAAGUAAAGUUUAUUAUUUGUAGCUCUUCUAAUAAACAGGUUUUCAAAGUGGCUAAAAACAGUCAUAUGUUGGGUAGAAAUUUUAAAAUACAUCAAUGUAAAAUUGAUAUAAAAUUUAAAUAUGGAAAAUAUAGCACAAUAAAAAAUAGUCAGUACACCAAUAAAUAAUAUCAACUGUUUUAGUGCACUUUUUGAAUGAGUAACAGUGCAAUAACCUAAAGCCAACACUGGUGGGAGCCCUUCUACACUGCAUAUUGACUUCUAAAAGAAGCAUCUGUUAAAAUGAAUCUGCUGUUCUUGGUGUUGAUAUCUCUUGUUUCAUGUUUCUUGAGUUUGCUGUUAUUUUAAAUACUCAAAGGCAAAAUACUGAUAUAGUUUUGUAUAGUGUUCAGUGUAGUCUAACUUAAUGCUGUCCCCUUAAGGAUCAAAAUUAUCUAAUUUUAAUGAAGGCAUUACUAACAAAUUAUAAUGUAACACAAAUCAAUACUUGAAAUGAAAAAUGAACCUAAGAUUAUUUACCCAAACAUUAUGAUGUACAAAAAAAAAGAAAAUCCUAUCAACAGCACCUCUGGUAUGUAAGCAAUGGAGUCCUCUUCAUACUUUCUGUCCAUGAAGAAAUUGGCAGCUCUGGGAUCAGCUACUCUUUCACAAUGAUAGAAUUCUUGAUAAAGGAAAAAACUGACAAACUGGCUGGUGUUCAGCGUUUGGCAAGGUUGGUCGACUCUGGAUCCUCUAAUGUGGACCAUGCAGAACCAGCCCCACCUAUAAAUAAUGCUGACAAAUUUUUAGAGGAACAGAACACUGAACCUGGAGAAAACAAGGGGAGGCAUCGUGAAAUGAAGACUGAUAUUGCAACAAGGGACUUCUUCCUGAAAGGCAUGCUAGCAUUCAUGUUAUUGACUCUGGUGUUCCCAACCAUGGAUUCGUCUACACAGUUCUCAGCGACGGACUCAUGUGGGCCAGAGGUUACAGCUCUCAAGCGCAGCAUAAGGAAACUGGAAAACAAACUCUUGAUCGGGGCUUGGCAAGUUGAGCACUUGCGGACGCACAAAUACUUCCGUCCACUACAAUCUACCUGGUCUAAUACGGAUCUUGCUCCAGACACAGAUGCUGAUGUAAAAAACAACAGCAGUGGGACACUGAUUACCCCACUCCCACCAGCAGGCAAUUUAAUUGUAUAUGACAAAGACUGUUCUGAGCUGUUUGACAGACUGAGGCCACCCAGCGGUUUCUACCGUAUCAGACCCAAAUCACACCAGGAGCCAUUUUUGGCAUAUUGUGACAUGGGGGAUGGAGGAGGAUGGACAGUAUUUCAGAGACGUCGGCAUGGAAAAGUUGACUUCAACAGAGACUGGGUGGACUACAGAGACGGCUUUGGUGACUUCAAACUGUGGAAUGAUGAGUUUUGGCUGGGAAAUGAGAAUAUGUAUUCUCUACUCUCAGAAGGUCAGAACCUGGUGAAAAUAGACCUAAUGGACUGGGAUGGACAGAGAAGUUAUGCAUUUUAUGAAAACUUCAGGAUCACCGAUGAAGCCGAUAAGUACCGUCUCCAAUAUGAGCUGUACAGUGGGAAAGCUGGAGAUGCUCUGACAGGUGGUGGAGGGAUGGUGGAGCAGUGGUCUGCCUGCCUCAGCGGCAUGCAGUUUAGCACCAAGGAUCAGGACAAUGACCGCUACCUUCAGGGCAACUGUGCCGAGGAGAAUGAGGCAGGUUGGUGGUUCAACAGGUGUCAUGCAGCCAACCUAAAUGGAAAGUUCUACCGUAGAGGGAAGUACGAGGGCCGACUUGACAAUGGUGUGGUGUGGGGGACCUGGAAGGGUCUUUGGUAUUCCCUUCGACACACCACCAUGAAGGUGCGACCUCUGGUUUUCUUGGAUACCGCGGGCAGUGGUGCAGGGGAAAUUUAAAAACACCACAUUGAAU